AUGGCUCCGACUGGAUUUUUCGAUGCUUACCGUGACUAUGGAUACGGAACAUAUUAUCCAGAAGCCAGGACUGCUGUCACUGCUGACGUACUAUUUGCUGGAUUGAUAUACACAAUAUCUAUUUUGACUUUUUCGUUUUUUGUCAUUUUGCCAGGAAUGCGAGACCGCGAGCUUAUUAUUCCGCAUAGAAAAUCUCGAAACCAAGAAGAACAACUAGUUGAUGUAGAAGGGAGAUGGUUCCGAGAUGGACAAGAGGUAUUUUCAUCUUACCAAUAUUCUCUUAAAGAUAGUGGAGACGUGUUCACAUUAUGUUUCAAAGAACUAGCUCUGAGAGAUGCUGGAGACUAUGCAUGUGAAGUUCAUAACAAACUGGGAACAGAUAAGUGUGUAACCAGACUGAUAGUAGAAUCACCACCAAAAAUAGAUGUACCACUGAAGGAUGUAGCAACUCAGGUUGGCAGUAACUUUAAGAUUAAGAUUCCAUUCAAAGCUGUUGGUAAUAUUGAUGCUUCAUUAAGCAAAGAUGGGAAGAAGUGUGAUGAGAAUGACAGAUUGAAAAUCAUGGUGUUUGAUAAUUAUGUUACUCUCGCUGUGAAGGAUGCCCGACCGAAUGAUGAAGGCGUGUUCAAACUUACAAUAUCCAAUGAUAUAGGAUCUGAUACAGCACCCAUCAAUGUGAAAGUAUUACAGGAACCAGACCCACCAAGAAAUUUAGAUGUAGGCGAUGUGACAAAGAACACCAUUACUAUUACGUGGAAGCCACCAGAGUAUAACGGUGGCACCCCGAUCCGAUCAUAUGUUGUUGAACGAAAAGAAGAAGGUACUGAGAAAUGGUUUGCAGUUGGAAGCUAUGUCAAAGAUACAACAUUCACUGCUCAAGGAUUAUAUGAGGGUCAUAGUUACUUCUUUAGAGUUAGUGCUGAGAAUGAUAUUGGUACAAGUAGUCCACUGGAAAGCAAAAAUCCUAUCUUGGCAAAGGAUCCCUUUGAUCCACCAAGUGCACCAGGAGAGCCUAGCGUAGAAGCUAUUGGGUCCGAUUUUGUAAGUUUAACAUGGAGCAAACCUCAAUCAGAUGGUGGUAAUAGAAUAAAAGGGUACCAUGUAGAUAAAGCUGAACCAGGAUCAAAUAGAUGGAUUCGUUGUACCCGUAAUCCUGUACCACAAACCAUGUUUAAUAUCCCUAAUCUUAUAGAAGAUAGAGAAUAUGAAUUCCGUGUGUUUGCUGAGAAUGAGGCUGGUCUUAGUGAACCAUCACAGGCAUCAAAAUCUGUUGUAGUCAAAGAUCCUAAAGCUGCAGUCAGGCCUAAAUUUACAAAAACAUUGGUGGAACAAACUGUUGUACAAGGCAAAGUUGCCAGUUUUGAAUGUCAAGUGUCUGGACAGCCAAAACCAGAGAUUAGGUGGCUCAAAGGUUCUCGUGAAUUAUAUGGCAAUGACAAGUACUUGAUAACACAAGAAGGCGAUAAGUGUUUCUUAACCAUCAGUGAUGUAUUUGGUGAAGAUUCAGAUGAUUAUAUUUGUGAGGCAACCAACCGUGGAGGAAAGAAAGUAACAAGAGCUUCCUUAAUUAUUAAAUGUCCACCAAAGAUCAAAUUGCUACAACGCUACCUGGAUGGCCCUGUGGAAUUCACAAAAGGUGAUCCUAUCCGAAUUAGGGUACCUGUCACAGGUUACCCCAAACCAUCAUGCUCAUGGUCAAAAGAAGGCACUGAAAUUACAAAAGGAGUGGAAUCCACAGAGAGGCACACAACACUGUAUGUGUCAGUGGCAGAUCGAAAACAUUCGGGAGCAUACAAAAUCUUAGCUGAAAAUGACCAAGGAUCAGAUCAUGCUAUUGUGAAGAUUUUGGUUCCUGAUAUACCCAGCGCACCUACCAAUUUACGAGCACGGGACAUCACCUACGAUACAGUUGAACUAUCAUGGGAGGCAUCAACAGAUAACGGAGGCAGUCCAAUCACUGGCUAUGUUAUUGAAAAGAAGGAAGAAGACAUUGCCAACUGGAUGCGGGCAGGUUUCACUACUAUCACUACAGCAUCCGUUACCAUGCUUAGUUCUGGGAAGACAUAUGGAUUCCGAGUUAGGGCUGAUAACAUUCUAGGUGGUAGUGAUAAUGUAGAAAUCACACAUACAAUUACAACAGCAGAACCUCCAAAGAAGAAGAGACCUACAUUUGAAGAAGAGGAAGAAGCUAGAAGUAGAAGAAGAGUACCUGAAGUGUCCAAUUAUGAUAUUCUAAUUAAUAAAGAAAUGUUCCUUCCCAAGGAUGUCAAGAUUAGGUCUGGUAGUGUACAUGAUAGGUAUGAUAUUGGUGAAGAACUGGGAAGGGGUGAUUUUGGUGUUGUGUAUCGAGCAGUCGAGAGAUCCACUCAAAGAAACUUUGCAGCUAAAUUCAUUGAUUGUAAAUCACCUAUAGAAAAAGCAGCGAUAAAAGCUGAGAUAAAAAUGAUGAAUAGUCUCCAGUAUCCAAAACUUUUACAGCUUCAUGAUGCCUAUGAUUCUGGUGAUCAGCUUGUUAUGGUGCUUGAAUUUCUUUCUGGUGGUGAUGUUUUUGAUCGUGUAUUAGACUCUAAUUAUGUACUUACUGAACAAGAAGUUGCUCUCUAUGCUAAGCAAAUUGUAGAAGGUCUGAAUUUCAUGCACUCAAAGAGUAUUAUGUAUCUUGAUCUGAAGCCAGAGAAUGUUCUGUAUGAGAGCAAGAAAGGUUCCAAUGUAAAACUAAUUGAUUUUGGAAUGGCAACCAAGAUUGAUCCGGAACAGAAAGCCAAGAUGGUAUUUGGGUCACCUGACUUCGUAGCACCAGAAGUUUUAAACAAAGAUUCAGUUGGUUUUACAACUGAUAUGUGGACAGUUGGAGUGCUUUGUUAUAUGUUGUUGAGUGGAAAACAUCCAUUUGGUGGAGACAAAGGAAGAGUCAAGCGUUGUGAUUGGACAUUUGAUAGUGAUUCAUUCAAGGGAAUCUCUGAUGGGGCUAAAGAUUUCAUCAAGAAGCUCUUAGUUGCAGACAAGCAUGAGCGUAUGACAGCUGUGGAUGCAUUAGAACACCAAUGGCUUCUGGAUCCUAGCCAAGGUGGUAGUAUUAAAAUAUCUACAGAAAGACACAGAGAAAUUCUUCUAAACUACAAGUGGAAUACUGGUACAUCAUUGAUACCAAUUGGUCGGUUGUCAAGUAUGGGAUCCUUGAAAAAGAUAAGACCAAUUGAAGGAGAUGAAUUGACUGAAAGAAGCAUGAGCAAACGUGAUGCUGCUCCAAGAUUAAUCCAGAAACCUCGUAAUUUGCAUGUUAGAGAGUUCAGCAAUGCUCUGUUUGAAUGCGUUAUUGCUGCAGGAACUGCACCAACAGUUUCAUGGUUUAAAGAAACCAAAGAACUUGUGCAAGGUCUAAAACAUAAAGCCAAAUAUGAUGAUAUCAAUUAUAAGCUUCAAGUUGGUAGAUGUCUUGAAGAUGAUGCCGGGGAGUAUACUGUGAAAGCAGAAAACUCCUAUGGUAAUAUUAGCUGUACAGCCAAAUUACAGGUGGAACCUGACCCGAGCAAGCGAAUUAAAUAUGAAAAGAAAGUAAUUAGAAAAACCUAUAUCCCAGUUGUUGAAGCCAAACCAGAUGUAGCUCCAAUGUUUACAUUUAUCUUACGAUCUCGUCGGAUACAGCUAUCUGAGAGUGCAAAAUUAACUUGUAUAGUCUCUGGACAUCCAGAACCGAAAGUUACAUGGAUGCACAAAGAUAAAGAGAUCAGUCGUACUGACGGCAGUUAUAAGAUAGGCUAUAUGUUAGGAAUGUGUUCACUAGAAAUAGAUAAAUUGACGCCUGAGAUGGGUGGUAAAUAUAAGUGUCUUGCUGUUAAUUCAGCAGGACAGGACAUAACAGAAUGCACUGUACAAGUUGAUACUGUUGAUCCAAGAACUAAAAUCAAAUUUGGUUUAGAAGAAAUUGACAUUGAUUUAGAUGACCCAGAGACAAAGAAAGCUGCCAUUAAAAUUCAAGCCAGUUACAGAGGAUUCCAAGCCAAGAAACACAGACAGCAAAAAGAGACGGAAGUUGUCGUCACAAAAAAAGUUGAAGUUGAAGAGGAAAUUGAUAUUGACCUGGAUGACCCGGAAGUAGAAGCAGCUGCUGUCAAGAUCCAAGCAGGGUUUAAAGGAUUGAAAGCACGUAAACAAAUUAAAGAAGAAAAAAGUAAAGUUGUUAAAGUUGAAGCUUCAGAAGAAGAAGUGAUUGAUAUUGAUCUGGAUGACCCGGAAGUAGAAGCAGCAGCUGUUAAGAUCCAAGCAGGUUUCAAAGGGUUGAAAGCACGUAGACACAUUAAAGAGGAAAAAAGUAAAACUGUUACAGUAGUUGAAACUACACAAGAUGAGGAAAUUGACAUUGAUCUUGAUGAUCCUGAUGUAGAGAAAGCUGCAGUAAAGAUCCAAGCCAGCUUUAAAGGCAUGAAAACAAGAAGAGAAGUCAAGGCUAAAGCACCUGAAAAGCCUGAAACCCCUAAACCUGAACCACCAAAAUCUUCUCCUGAGGAGGAAGAGAUAGAUAUAGAUUUGGAUGACCCGGAAACUGAAAAGGCAGCUCUUAAGAUACAAGCUAGUUUCAAGGGUUUGAAAGCAAGGAAAAAUCUUGCAGCCAAGAAAGAUGAAAAACAAAAAGAAGAACCCAAGCCAGAACCAGACUCAUCAAAGCAAACAGAAGCAGAAGAAAUUGACAUUGAUCUUGAUGAUCCAGAGACAGAAAAGGCAGCACUUAAAAUUCAAGCCCAGUUUAAAGGAAUGAGAGCUAGGAAAGGUUUUGUAACUAAAAAUGCUGAUACAGUUAAGGAGGAAAAACCUCAAGAAGCGCCACCCAAACCCGCAGAGGAAGAGGAAAUAGACAUUGAUUUGGAUGAUCCUGAGACGGAAAAGGCAGCUCUGAAAAUUCAAGCUCAGUUCAAAGGUUUCAAAGCUAGGAAAGGUGCUGCAGCUAAGAAAGCCACAGAAGAACCUCCAAAACAAGAACCACCAAAACCAGCACCAACAGAAGAAGAAGAAAUUGACAUUGACUUGGAUGAUCCAGAAACUGAGAAAGCAGCACUGAAAAUCCAAGCCCAGUUUAAAGGAAUGCGAGCUAGGAAAGGGUUUGGAGCUAAAAAAGCUAAAGAAGAGCCACCUAAAUAAGCUGAGAAUUAAGCCUAAGAAGAUUGAUAGAAGAUGCACAAGGCAAAGAAAGAUGCUUAUGAAACAAGUCAACACAUUACAAAGGACUUUGGGCUGAACAGAAGGUGGAAGAAAAGCAGUUGUCUUAUUUUGUCAACUCUAUUGGAAGCUACAUUAAAAAAACUAGAAAAAACUAAAGAAACUAAGAAAAUCUAAAUUGCUGGUUGUAUAUCGCUUCGAUGAAAGUUCGUAUGCAAAGAGAUAGUAAUUUAGUAAAACAUUCUGUAUAGGGUGAAUAUGGACUUCUUUUGUUAACAAUUCGUGCUCUAUUGAAAUACCUGCCUGUCAAAAUAGUUCGUUUUUGUAGUUGUAGGUGUUAUAUUAAAUGUGCUUAACCAUAGUCCACAAAAAACAAACUUUCAAUCUUUGGAGAAGCCACAAUACAGAAUUUAACAGAUAGACUGAUGUAGUUUAUAUUGUAUAUUAUUUACAUACUUUGUGUUGUUCUGAUACCGGAAUGUUGAACUAUCACCAUUGAUUCCUUGUAAUUGUCAAUAUGGCAUAAAUGAUGUUUUACAGGCACCCAAUUUUUCAACCAUUUUCCAGUUUUACUGGAACACAAUUGUCAAAACUGAAACUUAGAAUCUUAGAAAACAAUUUACUUAAUGUUGGGUGCCAAUCAAAGAAGUUAGUUGAACUUUUUUCACUUUUUUUUUACCGAUAAGUUAACUUUAUAAGUAUAAUAACAAUGUUAAGUUAUGUAUGUAGUGCAAUACAGUCUGCUUUCAUUACACGAGCAUUGUCUUAAUAAUAAAAAUUAUAA